AGUGCACCGCUCCCACCAGCCAGUGUGUGUUUGAGAGACAGUCAGAGUCUUUACCAUGAAGUACUGCGUGCUUUUGUCGCUGUUGUUGGCGUUGGGGUGCGUCCAUGGCGCACCAGUGGACCCGGCCAUGGAGCAGGGGUCUUGUGAAGAUGCGUCGGUGAUGGGAGCUGCAGGGCUUGCGAUCACCAAGAUCAACCAGGACCGGCAGGAGGGCUUCGUCUUCGCACUGCACCGCCUGUCCAACGCCCACAUGAUAAAACAUGGAGAUACCGGCAUAGUUUUCUACCUGACUCUGGAUGUUGUGGAGACCAACUGCAGCGUUCUCAGCAGGAAGGACUCGAAGUCCUGUGAGAUUCGUCCGGACAGUGAUACACCGGUAUAUGGACAGUGCAAAGUUGCCAUCUUCAUCAGCAAGGUGCACAGAGUGGUGCGUCUCUACAAAUACGACUGUGUUGUCAGACCAGUUCCUGCAGCACGGUUGGCUAAGGUAUGUCCUGACUGUCCUGGUCUUAUGAGCAUGGACGACGCUAAGGUUCAGGAGGCUGUGUCUCUCUCGCUGGAGAAGUUCAACAAUGAGAAUGGGUUGGCCAAUCGUUUUGCUCUCGUCAAAGUCAACCGCGCUCGUGCCGGGUAUGCCAUGUCAAUGUACUACAACGUAGAGUACACCAUCCAGGAGACCACCUGCCCCACGACUGCGGGAGCAGCUGAUAACUGCCCCCUCAUGGAAUGCGAGUUCGCUCACAAGGGCUUCUGUAAGGGCGCCCUCUUCAGCACUCCCACGGGUACUCCUGUCUCCACUGCAGAGUGUGAGAUCUAUGAGCCUGAGGCUGCUGAGAGAGAGAAGAAAUUACACCUGCUGGGCGGAGAGACCGACCACAGCCACAAUGACACACACGCACACAACGACGGCCACGACCACGACCACGCACACACUUCCGACGGCGCACACUCGCACGACCACGAACACGACCACACCAAGAGCCACGAUCAUCACAACCCCACCCAGCAGCACGCUGACAACAGCGACCACCACCACACACACGACCACGCCGCCGGCAGCAGCCACAGGCACGCUCACGCUCACUCCCACGACCACGGGCACGGCCACGACCACGUGCACAAUCAUCACGCCAAGGCGCACAACCACAGCGACGACGUGCCCAACCAGCACCACGACUACAAGCACGCCGACGGCGUGCACACCCACCAGCACGACCACGAGCUCGCUCUGGAUCACGACCACAAGCACGCUCACCUGCACGGGCACGAGCACCACCACCAUCACCACGACCACGACCACGAGGCCACACCCCACGAUGACCCAGAGGGCACGGUGAGGGUGCUGCCCGCCAUGGGCGCGGCCGUGACCCUGCCCGCCUUCCCUGAUGUACCCGCUGGCGGCGCCGAAGUGGGAGUCGUCCUGCCCCUCAAGCCCGACCCCCAGAUCCCCGAUCAGAUGGAACCCACCAUCGAGGCCUUCCCCACCACACUCUCAGCCAACUGCGCCCCUGCGCCGGCGGGAGAAACCCUGGUGGAGAAACUCUUCUCUGAGGAUCCCGAGUUCAAGCCAGCUGCAUAAGGAACUCACUUGGGAACUGAAUGGAUCUUAAAACACAAAGACAAGAUAGGCAAACAUUUAACACGUUUUCUUCAGACACAUUGAUAGGCAAUGUAACACACCAUGACUGCUUGAAACAUGAUGGUUUAAUAUAAGCACAUUACAUGUAACCUUUUCUGUCUCUCUUCACUUCAACCAUCUAAUAAAUGUUGAGUGAAAAAAAAAAACACUACAUUCACAUCAACCACUUUUUUGGGUGGGAUAAUAAAAUGAAAUAAUAAAAUCACAAAACUGGUAAUUUCCUUUUUUCAAUCCUCAGAGACAGCGACUGUAAAACCUAGCCACCUUAUGGCCACAUUCACAUGGAAGAACCAUCUUCAACAGUAUAUUUCUUCAUAUUGAGUCACUUUACAAUCAAGCCGGCAAACAUGAACGUUUUUUUUUAUGUUUGUAUGUGAUCUGUGUUUGGCUGCACAACAAAAUAAAUGAUACCACAAAAUACUCA